AUGGUUCGUUUGGUGAUUGAUUGGAUUAGUCUCUCUCCAUCACCAGCAGGUCCACCGUUGACGUCCACCUCCUUGGUUCCACACCGGAGCACCACCAGCAACCAGUCGAGCACCGCCGCACCAGCAGUCAGGCCAGCGAGCACAGCACCAGCAGCCAAACACGUGAUUUGUUUAAUCGUUUGCGGUCUGUCUAUACUCUAUACCAGAGGAACAAUUUUUCUAAAAACUGUUGAUGCUUCUGAUGUUGUUAAAGAUGCCAAAGCUCUGUUUUUGUUAUUUGAUGAAGUUGUUGAAUGGGUUGGGCAUACAAAUAUUGUUCAUAUGGUUACAGACAAUGGAUCCAAUUAUGUUGCAGCUGGGAAGAUGAUUAGUGAUAAAUAUACCAAUAUUGAGUGGUCUCCUUGUGCAUGCCAUUGUUUAAAUUUGAUUUUGAAAGAUUUUGAUAAAAUGGCGUUUGUGAGUCAACUUGCAUCUCGUGCAUCGAAGAUAACUGUGUUUAUAUACAAUCAUAUAUAUUUGUUAUCUUGGUUGAGGAAAAGAGUGGGUUGGAAAGAGAUUAUUCGUCCAGCUGCGACUCGCUUUGCUACUACCUUUAUAGCAUUGGAUAGUCUCCAUGAGCAUCUGCAUGAUCUACAAGCAUUAGUGACUAGCAAGGAUUUUGUUGAUUCUAGAUAUGCAAAAGAUAAGAAAGCAAAAGUUGUUGUUGCCACCAUUCUUGAUAAUAAGUUUUGGAAUGAUGUUUUUGUUGUGGUGCAAAUUGUUAAUCCUAUUAUACGCUUGUUGCGUAUUGCUGAUUCUGAUGAAAGGCCUGCUAUUGGGUAUAUCUAUGAUGGGAUUAAUAGAGCAGAAAUAUGCAUUCAGAAGAUGUUUAGGAUGAAAACAAGAUUGCAUAAGCCUUAUACAGAUAUUAUCAGGGAACGUUGGGAUUGUCAGUUGAGAAAAAAUGUUCAUGCUGCUGCUUACUGGUUGAAUCCAGCUUUCCAAUAUGAUAGUGACAACUUUUGUAGUAAUCCUGAGGUUAUGCGAGGUCUUCUUGAUGUUAUAGAGAACAAUUUUCCAGAGAAUAUGCAGUCAAAGAUGAAUGGUGGAGGACUUUUGGUCAUAGUGCUCCAAACCUGCAAAAGCUUGCUAUUCGAAUUCUUGGACAACUUCAUCUUCGGGGUGUGA